ACCACAGUUCACAUUCCCAGCUGUUUUUAUCUUCUGUGUUUGACCUACUUGUUAACAUACCUACGUGCGAUUUAUUCAUCUUUGUUAUAAAACUUGUAAAGUAGGUAACUAUUGUUAGAUUUAGGAUUAUGUGGAAAUAAUUAUAUAGGUAAUUGAGUUGCAAACAUGGAUCCGUUAGUAGAAAUUCCACGAAACAAAUGGCCUGAGCUCAGAGAUUUGUAUCGCAACAAAUGGCCCGAUGACGCUGUUGCAUUCUGUUUUCUGGACACUCAAAUAACAUAUCCCAAGCUUGCUGAAUAUUGUAACAUCAAAGUAUAUUCUCCAGAAGGUGACAUUCACAAUGGAUUCGUUGCUGUUUAUUUCAAUGAAAUGGGUGAAACUUACGAAGUAAUGAUACAGCUGUUGGACAAUAUUGAUAUAAUUGAAAAAGCUCUUGCUGGGUCUAAAGUAAUUGACUGGACGAAAGCUUUUUAUGUUUCUUCGGCAAGUCCAGUUGUUGUGGAAUGUUUUCGGAAUCUGGAAAAAAAACUCAACGUGAUUGGAAACACUAGAGGAAACAAAGCAUACAGACACUUUAUUGAUAGAACUUCUAAGCAAUUUGACAUUAGCAACAGUCCACCAGAUACAUACGUAGCUGAUCUUAAACCUGAGCAUUUACAUAUUAUUGAUAAAACAUGGACGUUUUACAGUGACAGAUCCUACAAAAUGUUCGAAUCAUUGCUAAAAAACCACCUGACUUAUGUCCUGUACUCUACAAAUGAUGAUCCUUUAGCAUGGAUCACUAUCGGGUGGGAAGGUACUUUGACUCAUUUAUACUGUAUAGAAGGACAUAGGAAGAAGGGUUAUGCUGAAUAUAUUCUGAAAUAUGCUGUGAACGAUCAACUAAAUAGAGGAAAAGAUAUUCUUGGCUAUACGUUAGAAAAAAACGCACAAGCACAGAAAUUAUUCGAUAAAUUGAACUUUGAACGAGUUGGUUAUGAUACGUGGAUAGAUGUUAUUAAGAAGUAAGAUUUAACUACUAAGCUACUAUGCUAUAGCUACUAAGCUACUAAGAUGCAGUCGCGGGCUUUUGCAUAAUGAGUGAUGUAACUUUUCGAUAACACCGCUAUAAUUUUUCAUGAAGAUCAACAUAAAUGAUAAAAUUUUAAUUAUCUAAUCUUAUCAAAUUUUGCUAUAGUCAAGAUAUUAAUGAUUUUGCAAUUACAGCAUUAGGUUCAAAAAUACCUUAUGUUCAACAAUUUGUUUUAAACCGUGUUAAAAAAAUG